CGUGGCCUCGGGGGAGAGGGGGCGUGGCCUGCUGCAGGAAGAACGCGGGCUCUGGCAAGCGGAGCACCCUCGCGGGGCACGCCGGGAGUUGUAGUCCGGCCCGCGCGGGGCACGCCGGGAGUUGUAGUCCGGAGCGGGAGCGAUGGCGGCAACCGAGCUGCUGUCGGACGAGGGGUACCGGGCGGACGGGCGCCGGCCCGCCGAGAUCCGCAAGGUCCGAGCCCGCAUGGGCGUGUUCGAGCAGGCCGACGGCUCGGCCUACAUCGAGCAGGGCAACACCAAGGCGCUGGCCGUGGUCUACGGGCCACACGAGAUGCGGGGGUCCCGCGGGAAGGCGCUGCCGGAGCGGGCGCUGGUGAACUGCCAGUUCAGCAUGGCCACGUUCAGCACCGGCGAGCGGCGGCGGCGCCCGCACGGCGACCGGCAGGCGGGGGAGCUGGCGCUGCUGCUGCGCGACACCUUCGAGGCCGCCAUCCUCACGCACCUCUUCCCCCGCUCCCAGAUCGACAUCUACGUGCAGAUCCUGCAGGCGGACGGCGGCACGUUCUGCGCGGGGGUGAACGCGGCCACGCUGGCCGUGAUGGACGCCGGCAUCCCCAUGCGCGACUACGUGUGCGCCAGCACGGCGGGGCUGGCGGAGGACGCGGCGCUGGCCGACCUGAGCGUGCCCGAGGAGGCGGCGGGGGGGCCGGUGCUGGCGCUGGCGCUGCUGCCGGCGGGGGGGCAGCUGGCGCAGCUGCAGCUCAGCGCCCGGCUGCACCAGGAGCGGCUGCCGCGGGUGCUGGAGGCGGCGGGGGCCGCGUGCCGCGCGCUGCACGCCGUGCUGGACCGCGUGGUGCGGCAGCGGCUGCGGGAGGUGGCCGCGCUGCUGGGGGACUGAGGGGACGCGGUGAUUUGGCAAUAAAGAGCUGUGGGGCAAGCCGUGCGCCGCCGUGUGUGCCGUA